GUUGUUGAUUAUUCCUUGUGUUGGUAUCUGAUAAAGUUGCAGCAUUAAACGAUCUAGGUGAAGUUGAUGCACUAAAGAAGGCUCUUACAAAAAAUUCAAAAUAGUACCCUAGAAUCUGAGCAAGAAACAGAUAAAUCAAUCUGAAGGUAAGGUUGAUUUGAUUACAUGGAUAAUCCUGAAGGCCAUGACAAAAAAUUUAAAGGUACACCACAACAUGAGGCUCCAAAACCUGAUCUGUCUGAGAAACAAAUGCAUCAAUCAGAAGGUAAUAAAUUUGGUGGAAUGGAUCACCCUAAAGGUCCUGACAAAGAAAUCAGAAGAGCACCACAUCAUGAGGCUCCAAAACAUCAUCAAUCUAGGAAACAUAAGAAUCAAUUUGAAGGUGAUAUAAAGCACAUGGAUCACCCUGAAGGUCCUGACCAAAAAUUUAAAGGUGAACCACAACACCAGACUCCAGAAUUUGAUCAUUCCAAGAAGAAAAAUCAUCAAUUAGAAGGUGUGGUUGAUCACCCAAAAAGUCCUAACCAAAAGUUCAAAGGUCCCCUAACUCCAAAACAUGGUGAAUCCAGAAAGCAAGAGAAUCAAGUUGAAGGCGAGGAUGAAUACAUAGAUGACCCUGAAGGUCCUAACCAAAAGUUCAAAGGUGUUCCACAACAGCAGACUUUAGAAUCUGAUCAAUCUGACAGAGAGGCUGGUUUCACGGAUCACUCUAUAGAGCCUAAACCAACAUUCAAAGAUGCACCACAAUAUGAGGCCACAGAACCUGAUCAAUCCAAGAAACAAAGUGAGGUUGACUACAUGAAUUCUCCCAAAGAUUCUGUUGAUGAAUCUGAGAAACCAGUUACUCAAUCUGAAGCCAAAAGUAUACCAAAUCCAGCCACUAAAAGUGCAGAUGACAAAGGAAAACAAAAUUUGCAAACCACUGACAAAGAGGUCCCUCCUAUGCUAGGAGCACAAAAGGAAACCACUGAAGGGGAAGAUGAAAUCAAUAGCACAGGACUUGAAAGAACUGAAAAUAAGAAACCAGAAGAUUCAUCAAGUCACUUAACUGCAACCUCCCAAGAUCAAGGUAAAGGUGAAAUUGCACCAUUGAAGAAGCAUUUUUGGAGUAAUUGGCCAGUUAUUGGUGAUGGUCUUAAGGCCUCUAUACCCAAGCAACCUAAAACUGACUUUCCUGAUGAGAAACAGCAAGAACACAUCGAGGUUAAAGUUGAUGAAGAUAACAAACAACCAGCUGCAGAAGUUGUUCCUGCUGAAACAACAUCUAGUGAAUCAAGUGUAGCAGCGAGUACUAAGACAUUGGAAAUUCUUAAAAGUGUUGUGUACGGUGGUUUGAUUGAAUCAUUAACAAGUCUCAGUGUUGUGACAUCUGCUGCUAGUGCUGAUGCGACAACAUUGAACAUUGUGGCUCUGUCUAUGGCUAAUCUGAUUGGUGGACUUUUCAUACUUGGUCAUAAUCUGGAGGAACUGAAAUCUGAACAAGUGGAUCGGUACAUAGAGUUACUGGGUCAGAAGGAUAAUUUCAUUCUGCAUGCUUUUAUAGCAGUCAUAUCAUUCCUUGUGUUUGGAUUAGUGCCACCUGUGGUAUAUGGCUUUUCAUUUGGUGAGAGUGGUGACAAGGAUUUCAAACUAGCUGCUGUUGCUGCAGCUUCUAUACUAUGCAUCACUCUGCUUUCCAUUGCCAAAGCAUAUAUCAAGAGACCAAGCAGCUACUUGACAUACUUCAAAACGGUGCUUUACUAUAUCAGCACUGGUGCUGUGGCCUCAGUGCUUUCUUACAUAGCUGGUGAUCUUGUGAAGGAACUUAUAGAAAAGCUUGGGUGGUUUGAUUCAGCAUCAAAUUUUUCCUUGAUGAUUCCUGGGGAUAGGCAUUCAACAACCCAAAGGGGAUCAUACUAAGAAAAGGUGUUAAGGACUUUAAUUGAUCGAUUUUAUUUUUUAUUCAGUGUAAAAUGAGUGUGUAACUCCUUAAAAUGGUUGUUGUCACUAAGGAAAAUAAUAAACAAACAUCACUCGGUGGAAAUUUGCUUAA